AUGAAUAAUUUGGAGAAACGUAGAGUGUUGUCUCCAGAAGAACGGCGUUUAGUUCUGAAAGUCGAAAGUUAUUUCAAUUUGGAAAAAAAUAAUAUGGGUCCAUUGACAUCUGUUAUGGCAGUUCAGAAACGCACAUGCGAUGCUUGCGGUAUCUCAGAGAGGACAUUCCGAAGAAUUAAUAACAUGAGUGAGGAUGAAAUAAAUAAAGUAAGCAAGAGAAAUCGUCGACAUCCAAAAACUUUAGAUUUGAACCAGUCAGUUAAACUUGAAAUUAAAAAUAUUAUAUACAAUAUGUAUAAAGCCAAAGAACAUGUAACAAUUAGUGCUGUGUUACAAAAAAUUAAAGACAAGGAACUGUGUGAUAUUAGUUUAACAAGUUUGUGGAGAGUGCUGAAACAUUUAGGUUUUCGAUAUAAAAAGACAAAUAAUAGACAAGUAUUGUGUGAACUGUCCAAUGUUGUUUCAAAACGGUGGCAUUUUUUAAGAAAAUACAUGAACAAUAAAACGUCUGAUAGUCCGAGGCAAGUUGUAUUUAUAGAUGAAACUUGGAUUUUCGCUAAAGGAAAUAUGUCAAAAUCAUCCUGGCAAGAUGGCACCACGAAAUGUUAUUCUUCUAAUCGUUCCAGUAAUGGUAAACGCUACAUUAUACUUCAUGCUGGAAAUGAUGAGGGUUUUAUUCCGGACGCUAGUUUAAUUUUUUCGUCCACAAAGAAUACAGGUGAUUACCAUGGAAAUAUGGAUGCAAAUAUUUUUGAAGAAUGGUUUGAAGAAAAUUUGUUGAAAAAAUUGGAGCGACCAUCCAUAAUAGUGUUGGAUAAUGCAUCCUACCACUCCAGAGUAGAAGAGAGAUUUCCUUCAAGCAGCUGGACAAAAGAAGAAAUACAGUUGUGGUUGACAGAAAAGAAAAUUUAUCACAGUGACAUAUUUUUAAAAGUUGAUUUACUUCAAAGGUGUGGAGAGCACAAAGUUCAAAAGAAAUUUGUUACUGACCAAAUGGCUCUUAAAUAUGGCCAUGAAGUUCUUCGACUUCCGCCCUACCAUUGCCACUAUAAUGCAAUUGAGUUAGUUUGGGGUAUAGCCAAAAAUUUUUAUGAUAAACAUGCGUCCAAAACAACAGAUGACGCUAGCGUUCUUAGUUUAUGGAAAGAAUCGCUAGAACAAAUAAAAGCAGUACAAUGGCAAAAUUGUAUUAGACAUACGGAAGACAUAAUCGUUAAGUCUUUUCAAACCGAGCGAGUUAUAGACGAGGUCCGGCCUCUAAUUAUUCGGAUAGACAAUUCAGAUACUGACGACUCUGAUAGUGAAAUAUCAGACAGUGAAUAG